AUGGACGCGUCCGCCCGGACUACGGCUUCCCCAAACGAGCGGGAAAGCGCCGAAGGGCCAAACGACCCCCGGCACCCGCCGCCCUUCGCGGGGAUUCCGUCGAUGGCCUCCCGGGCCUACGUGGAGAACCUCCCCGCGCUGGGGCCCCUCCCCCCUCGCCCGCUGACCGUCGUGGAGCGCUUUACGCGGGUACUUCAGCUGAAAUACGGCCAGGCCCCCGACUUCCCCAGCCUCGGCGGGCGCAUGGAGAAGGCCUAUGACGGGCUGUGGGAUUACCUUUGUAGCCCGAUGGUCCCGCUGCUCCCGCGGACCUACGUCGACGCCCAUUCGCGGCCCAACCCCUGCCCGGAGGAGUACUGGUGGGCCUCCUGGCGUUGGCCCCGGCGGACCUACGUCAACGCCAAAAUUCCCCCCCCAAUCGACGGGAAAUAUCUCGAUUAUUAUCACUAUUUGAGCUUCAAGAACUGGUUCGAGCGCGAGCGCGACGUCUACGUCGCGCAGGCGAAUUUGGUUAUGGAUAUGCUGAACCGCUGCAUCAUGAAGGAAGGGAGCUACAACGCCGCGAAGAACUGCCGGCAUCUGUACAAUAAGUCCUUCGCGAUGUCGCGAAUGGAGGAGCUCCAGCAGGCGAUGUUGUAUAUGGCGAUUACAGGGAACGCCGCGAUCCGCGAGACGCCGUACCCGGAGAACUUCGUCGAGGAGAAGCGAAAGAUCUACGACGAUUGGCUCUUCCGCACUCGGAUGAAGAAGCCGGGGGAUGCCGCGUAA